AGCACAAAGUUCAGUGACAAAGUGGCGCAAGCAAAGGCAACAAGAGGAGCGGGUACAUUAUCACAGGGCUGUAACAGUCAAAACAGUUAGGAGCAGCACUUCAGGAACAAAACGACUGGGAUAAGGAUUAUAUUCAGACACGGUCAGGACAACAGCCGACAAAGUGUCACCUCUCUAAGACUCUGUGGAGGUGCUCUCAGAUGGAUUAUGCCAUGAAGUCUCUCAGCCUUUUGACUCCAUCUUCCCUCUCCAAGUGUGUGACAGCCAGCGUGUCAGCCAGCGCUUCCAUGACCCAGCAGCUCCUGUCAGGUCGAGCUCCCCGGCCAAAGCCUUUCAGAGUCACAAAUGCAGACCGCAGCGUGAAGAAGGGCAUCAUGGCAGACACAUUAGAAGACCUGAUGAACAAGGUCAGCGACUCGCUGAGUGUACAGUGUGUCGGUGCGUUGGUGCUGGAUGAAGAUGGCACAGGUGUGGACACGGAGGAGUUCUUCCAGACGCUGCCCGAUAACACAGUCCUCAUGGUCCUGGAGAAAGGACAGAAGUGGACCCCACAUGCAAACAGCCCCUCCAGAGAUCAGCUCAGCGAGCGCAGGCCGCUGCACCGGACAGAUGUGGCCAAGCUGACCUUUGACCUCUAUAAGAACAACCCCAAGGAUUUCAUCGGCUGCCUGAAUGUGAAAGCGACCCUGUACGGCGUUUAUUCGGUGUCCUAUGACCUGCGCUGUUACGCUGCCAAAAACAUGUUGAAGGAGGCUUUGCGAUGGACCAUCUUCUCCAUGCAGGCCACAGGCCACAUCCUGCUCGGAUCCUCCUGCUACAUCGAGCAGCUGCUGGAGGAGGAGGAGCGAGCAGAGAAGAGCCUGGCGCUGCCACAGGAAAGCAGGAUCAGGCAGCUGCAGAGCAUGCUGCUGGGAAAGAUCUCACACUGAUGAUGGUCACAGUCAAUAGAGUGGGCAUGUCAUACCCUCUCAGAUUUAGCACCAGAUGAAACAAGUGAUCUCUGCCUGAUCAUGUCACUGUUUCCUGUGCAGCUUGGUGACACAGGUGUCACCAAAGGUGUCAGAUAUCACAAUAGUCUCUUUUCACAGUCACUUUUUGCUCUGUUACAUUUUUUUUGUCCCAUAUGUACAUAAAAGCCAACACUACUUCCUCAGAAAGCACUUUUAUUCACUACUGUGUAACUUUUUCCUAUGGAGAUGAAUAAAUAAAACUAGCACUUUUUUAUUUUCAA